CCAAAAUCCAGUCCUUCUUGGGGAGGGGAGUGAGACGAGAGCAUUACAAGCGGUUAACAUGGCGCUCGCUGAGGUCUGUGGUAUCGAUUCCUUCAUUAAUUUAAAGAAUCCUCGUAAGGACGAUGAAUUCACCGAGGAACUGGAGUAUGGAAACUUCACAAAUAACAUGGCUCUGGCCAUGCCACCCUUCAGCAACCCAGCUAACUUCUUAGGCCAACUUGCCAGUGGUACGGAUGAGACUGGAAGACACUUAAAAAUCCAGUUCGAUCAUGGAACCACAACAUUGGGUUUCAUGUACCAGGGAGGUAUUGUACUCUCAGUUGACUCUCGAGCCACGGGAGGUCAAUUCAUUGGUUCACAGGUAAUGAAGAAGAUUGUCGAAAUAAACGACUACCUGUUGGGAACUUUGGCUGGUGGUGCAGCUGAUUGCGUUUACUGGGACAGAGUAUUAGCAAAGCAGUGUCGCAUGUAUGAACUGCGUAACAGGUCACGUAUCUCUAUUGCUGCAGCCAGUAAACUAAUGUCAAACAUGGUUUACAACUACAAAGGAAUGGGCCUCAGUAUUGGUAUGAUGAUUGCUGGCUGGGACAAGAGAGGACCUGGCCUAUACUAUGUCGAUUCUGAAGGUACGCGCACACCGGGAAAAGUAUUCAGUGUCGGUUCUGGUUCAGUCUUUGCCUAUGGUGUGCUGGACUCUGGCUACCGCUGGGAUUUGACUGACGAAGAGGCCUAUGAACUUGGCAGAAGAGCUAUCUACCAUGCCACGCACAGAGAUGCCUAUUCUGGUGGUAUCGUAAGAGUUUAUCACAUGAAAUCUACUGGUUGGGUUCACAUUACCGAUCAAGACUGCAAAGAUUUGCAUUACGCGUACGCAGAAGAGAAGAAAGCUGCCGCUCAAUAAUUUAAUUCUAUUUUAUGUGAAGAUUAAAAACUUUUGUAUUAUAUAAUAAAAUUAAUAUUUCUAUUUGAAAAAACUCAGAACUCACUCAAGCGCGACUUCAAAACUCCCGCGCAGGCGUCGUGUUAUAGUUGUUUAUAUCCACAAGCGCGCUGCAGUCUCCCCGGCAGAAUCCUUUUUCCAGGUAUCUCCCUCUCCACCGCAGCGUCGCUCUGUUGGCAACAGAAAAGCGCAUUGAUGCUUUAACGUUCUGUAAGUACAGUCGCUGCAUAUAGAUAUAUACACACACACACACACGUCGGCAAAACAUAUUGAACACCAUUCCGAACUCGAUUCCCGGCGACGUCUCAUCCGAACUCCACGUCAAGAUGUCGAGCACCGAGGAUACGACCCUCAAGGCCGGACAUCCACCCGCAGUCAAGGCCGGCGGCAUGAGGAUAACGCAGCACAAGAAUCCUGAAAAGGAGCGCGAAGUCAAGCCUGCCAAGGAGUCCGAGGAGACUAAGAUUUCGACGAGUCCACCAAAGGCUAUGAUUGUCAGCGGUGUCCAGACCAAAGGACACGCAGAUUUCCCUCCAGAGGCUGUACAGCACUAUCACGACAAGCCAAUUCCAUCUCAUGACAAUCGCUCAGCGCACAACUCGCGUCCCAUUGUAAUCCAGCAACCCAGGAAGUAGAUUAUUCUCUUCUCAACUCCGUUUUAUCUCCAUCAAGGAAUGUUGCUUGAUGAGAUGUGAUACUGUCGUACUGAACUAGGUUUCUUAAUUUUAAGGAUGAUACUACGUAUGAUAGUAUCACAUUUUUUAAAGCAGAACAAUAAUUAUAUGCGCGUGUAUGUCGUCAGUAAGAACUUUGUAAAUGUCAUUUUACAUUUAAGCAGCCUACACUGCAAUAGCUUUGCGCAUACCUUGAUGACUAUUACUCUUUGAAAUUAUAUUCUUAAGAACAGCGAAUUGGUAAAGAUCGAAAGAAGUUCCAAGAAUUGCAAGAGUCUAUCAACUGUUAAAAAAGAAAUUAUUUUUAUCCCGAAAGGCUGUAAGAUUCCACUAAGCAUUUAGAUAUAUAUAUAUAUAUACAUGUUUUGAUUAAAAGAAACUUCAUAAAUUUUUUAUCAUUAUUAAUCUGUUUUCUGCAACUACUGUGUUAUAACAUUACGACAAAGAAAACGAAAGCAAAUACAAAAAAACUUGAGCGCUCUGGGGCCAGUUAAUGUAUGUACUUUUAAUUGGUUCCAUUGAUAAGAUAAUUCGUGCGUUUAUUUAAACGCAUAAGUGUGUGAUUGAUUGAUUAUUAAAAACAAAUUCGGAGCUUUAAAGUCGUUCACCAAUUGGUUGUGUAAGUUUAUAUAUUUUGGCGAAAAUCAAAUGAUUUCUUUAUUGUAUUAAAACACUUUGUUUAUAAGCACUACGAAGCCGCUAUCAAUGAAAAAGCGAGCUCUAACAUUUUUAUGAAAACUUAUGCUUCUUUGUACUUUAAUAAAAUGUAAUAAAAAUCGAUUUGAGUGAAAACUA